AUGGGUCGUAAGAAGCUUCCGCCCGAGGAGGAAGCGGUGGUCUUAGCCAAUGUCGCGGAACGGGCAGAGCGCUACGAAGACAUGGUGGACUACAUGAAGGAGCGGGUUAAGGCCGGCAAAGCUUUGGCGCGCGAGGAGCGCGAAAUGUUUGCGGCGGCUUACAAGGGGCUCAUGGCCAGCCGACGGUUCGCCGUACGCGUGGCCAAGAGUGUCCAAGAGCAGGAGGCCGAUGCCGAGAAGGAGAAGAACGCCGCCCUGGCCGCGGGAUACCUGAGCAAGGUCCGCCUGGAGCUGCAGGGCAUUUGCAUCCAGGUGCUGGAGAUCCUGGAGGGGAUUCUGCUGCCAAAGGCGGAGACGGGUGAGCCCAAGGUCUUUUACCUGAAGCUGCAGGCGGACUACUAUCGCUACUUGGCCGAGUUUCUGGAAGGAGAAGGUCAAAGAGAGGCUCUCGCUAGUGCGGCCGAGUCUUACGUGACCGCCACGGGCGAGGCCGAGGAGCAUCUAAUGGUCACCCAUCCCGUGCGGCUCGGUGUGGCUCUAAACCACGCGGUGUUCAAGCACACCGUGAUGAAGGACCCUGCAGCGGCUGCACAGAUCGUCAAGGAGUCGCUGGAGCUAGCAGCGCGGAGCCUCGAGGGAAUGCCAGAGGAAGCUGUUCGUGAUGCGCAGCCUCUUGUCGCCAUCAUGCAGGACAACUUGAGGAUGUGGUUGGAUGAGGCAUCGUCCUAA